CGGAUGUCCACCAUCAUGGUGAUGCGGUUCUCUCGGGACUCUUUCAUAGUGAUAAGUUGUACUUACUUUGUCAACAUGACCUCUGUUUGGUGCAAACGCUUGAGCUUCAAGCAGCAGUUUUUGAAAUUUAUAGUCUUCAAAAUGAGUGACCAUGAAGAUAUUAAUAGCGACUUCCAAGGUACAGAAUCAGGAGCUGCCAAAUUUUUUCCACAGCAGUGCUCUGCAUUGAGGAAGAACGGCCAUGUUCUGAUUAAGAAUAGGCCUUGCAAAAUUGUGGAAAUGUCUACAUCCAAAACAGGAAAACAUGGUCAUGCUAAGGUUCAUAUGGUUGGUAUAGACAUUUUCACUGGCAAAAAAUAUGAAGAUAUUUGUCCAUCUACACACAACAUGUCUGUUCCUCUUGUUAAAAGAACCGAUUAUCAGUUGAUUGACAUCACUGAUGAUUAUGCCUCUUUAAUGGACGAUGGUGGUGAGAUCAGGUCUGAUUUGAUCGUUCCAAAAAAUGAAACUGGAGAGGAAUUAAGACAGAAGUUCAAGUCUGAUGAAGGCGUUAAUGUCACAGUCCUUAAUUCCAUGGAUGAAGAAGUUAUAAUUGGUAUCAAGCCGGGAACAAAAUAGACAAACUAAUUGAACCGGAAGUAGAUAUUUUGCGAUAUUUGGCUCCUUAAAAUUUGGACUGAUCAUUGUUUGGCUCAAUAUUAUCACAGAGAUGGUUAUGCAAUGAUCUUUAUAUAACCAUUGAAGAGUUCAGGGAGUGGAGUGAAGAACUGAGAAAGGAUUUCUUUUGGAGGGAAUAUUGACUUAUAAUCACAAAAUAUCCAUUAAGAUGAAAUAGAAGAGUGAAUGUGAUAAAUUUAUCUAAAUCAGGCCUUGGCUUUUAAAUCCUCUACAAGGAACCUUCAAUAUUUUUCAUUCUAUCUGGAUUUGUUACAUAGGCAUUUAAUAUAUAACUUUGCUAAUUGCUCCUGGCUGAUCAAGAUGUAAAAGCCUUUGACUGAAUUUCAGUCUGUCUGGAAAAAUCCUUAGAAUUCACAUAUGUAGUGGAGGAAAUUUACUACUACUACAUAGUGAUGAUUAAGUUUUCCAAAAUGAAAUCUCCAGUGACAAUGAAAUCAUGAGCAAUAUUCAUUUUCUUUGUUGUAGUCGUUAAAAUAGUUCCAAGCAAUCGUUACUAUGUUUGAUAGCUUUUUAAAUUUCUCAAAAAGUUUAUUAUUACUGUCUAAGAGAAAUCCAAGGAAAAAUCCUUGGAUUUGAUAACCUGGAAAAGUCUUAUGAACCAUGUUGCUGUAUAAUACCUUUUGAAGAAAAAAAAGCCUAAUGCAAUUUUAUCUAUGCGACAUCUUAUGACGAUAUUUCAGUAAAUUGCUAAUUUGCAGUUUUAUGACUGCAUCAAAGUAACACAUGACAUCACUUCAGGACUGAGCUGUGGUUCAAUGUAUGUGUGAUGAAAUUGUCAUAGUGCAGUUAAAUUUUAUGAGUGUAUGACAACAUCUUGGUGUUGGGUGACAUAUUGGGACUGAACUCAGUUUUAUGUUGUAUGAAAGCAUCAUGGGGUGGGGUCACAUAUUGAAACUGAAAUUCAUGUUUUAUGAGCAUAUGACUACCUUUCAUAGUUGGUAAUACAACUGUCAACUGGACUUGCUUCAGUUUUUAUGGUUGUAUGAUAGCUUUUUAAGACCAAUUUUUUCUUUGGUUGUUUAAACAAAUUAAUUUGGCUACCUUCACAAAGCUAGAUUGCAAUUGUGUCAAUUGCCAUAAGUACAUAUUCUGCUACUUCAUUUUGGUAUCAAAUUGAUGUCUUUCUGCUGUAAAGUGCUAUUUAUAAUUGGAAGGUUUCAUUGAAUUUUCAAGAGUUGAAUUGAAUUUGUCCAAAUGCAAAAUAAAUUAAUCAUGACCACUAUA